AUGCCUCGGGGCAGUGACAGCUCCGGUCGGCGGAUCAGAGCGCCACGCGGCACCAUCCGACCACACCCGGGCUUUGACGAGGAGGCCGCGCUGGCUCAGGUGCGCACCCUGUACCGAGCCCUGCAGAGACCCGUCGACACGGCAGCGGUCAUCAGCGUGCUCACCAAGUACACGCUACACGAGCGAAAAUAUGUGGAAGACGUGUAUAACGUGCAGCAUGAGCCGAAACUGCAGCACGCGCUCCGAGCGGCGUUCUCGUAUAACGCUCAGGCGACGCUGUUGGCACUACUGCAGUGGCAUAACCAGUUCUUGGCGGCCGCCGCGCGUCGUGCUCUUGUCGCGAGACCCACCGACAAGGCUACUCUGAUCGAGCUGUUCUGCGGCCAAUCACAGGACGAGCUGCGAGACAUGGUGCGCACCUACGACCGGCUUCACAGCCGGCCUCUGCAGGCAGAGCUGCGUGCACAGCUCAAUGGAGAGCUGCGGCAGCUGGCGCUGGCGCUGACCGCGCUCAACCGAGACCAGUCGGAGCCGCCGGGGGAUAACGCCGCCAGAGAGCUGGCCGGUCGGCUGGCGGCGGCCGGACAGGGCCGCGAUGCCGAGAUGUUCAUCAGCGCCUUCAGCACGGUCGGAUACCCGCUGCUGCGGCGCGCCUUCGAGCUUCUCCCGGAGGUCAACCCUAGCCACGCCGACAUCCAGACUGUGAUCCGGGCCAGCUUUGGCGGCGAUAUCCGUACCGGCCUGCUGGCGGUAGCACAGUGUGUGGCUGACCAGCCGGGCUACUUUGCCGAGCGACUGUAUCGCGCUAUGCGCGGGCUCGGCACUGACGACACGGCACUCAUCCGGAUCCUCGUCUCCCGGGCGGAGAAUGAUCUGCAGAAUAUCAAGGACGCCUACCACCAGCGCUACGGCAAGAGCCUGGCCGCUGCCGUGGAAGACGAUACGUCCGGCACCUACUGGCACUGUCUGAGGGCCAUCAUCAAACCGUAG